AUGAUAAUAAGCAUCGCUCUGAUUUGGGCAGUGCUGGUUGGAUUCUGCUGCCUUCUGUGGCUCGCUGUGGGGACACGACGCAGGCAGCCUGGUGAGCCUGCAGUUGAAAGUGGCUUCAUCCCCUAUCUGGGUUGUGCUCUGCAGUUCGGGGCCAACCCUCUCCAGUUCCUCCGCAGCCGGCAGAAGAAGUAUGGCCACAUUUUCACCUGCAAGAUUGCAGGCCAGUACAUCCACUUCCUGUGUGACCCCUUCUCUUACCACUCAGUCAUCAGACAGGGCAGACACCUGGACUGGAGAAAGUUCCAUUUUGCUACAUCUGUUAAGGCAUUUGGCCAUGAUAGCUUCGAUCCUCGCCAUGGCCACACCACAGAAAAUCUCCACCAGACCUUUCUGAAGACCCUGCAGGGUGAGGCACUGCCCUCCCUGAUAGAGACCAUGAUGGGGCACCUCCAGGACGUCAUGCUAAGGUCGGACACGCUCAGCCCCAGCAAGGACCACUGGGAAGUGGAAGGAAUCUUUGCUUUCUGCUACAAGGUGAUGUUUGAGUCUGGCUACCUGACACUGUUUGGUAAGGAGUUUGGCGAGGAUAAAUGUCACGCUCGGCAGGCAGCUCAGAAAGCCUUGGUGCUCAAUGCUUUGGAGAACUUCAAGGAGUUUGAUAAGAUCUUCCCAGCGUUGGUGGCUGGCCUUCCCAUUCAUGUCUUCAAGAGCGCCUACAGUGCAAGAGAGAACCUAGCAAAGACCAUGAAUGCUGAAAAUCUGUCCAAGAGGGAGAAUGUGUCUGAUCUAAUCUCAAUGAGGAUAAUCCUGAAUGAUUCCUUAUCUACCUUCAAUGACGUGAGCAAGGCCAGGACCCACGUCGCACUGCUCUGGGCUUCACAGGCUAACACCCUGCCGGCUACCUUCUGGAGUCUUUUUUAUAUGAUCAGGAGUCCAGAUGCUAUGAAAGCAGCUCGUGAGGAGGUGCAGAAAAUUCUGGAGGACUCAGGCCUGACAGUUGACCCCAGUGACCCCAGACUCAACCUGACCAGAGAUCAGCUGGACAACAUGCCUGUUUUGGACAGUAUCAUAAAGGAAGCAAUGAGGCUUUCCAGCGCUUCCAUGAACGUGCGUAUUGCCAAGGAGGACUUUUUGCUUCACCUUGAUAACCAGGAAGCUUACCGUAUAAGGAAGGAUGAUGUCAUUGCCCUGUAUCCACCCAUGCUGCACUACGAUCCAGAGAUCUAUGAGGACCCCUAUGAGUAUAAAUUUGACCGGUUCCUGGAUGACAAGGGUCAGGAGAAAACCACCUUCCACCGCAGUGGCCGCCGUCUGCGCUACUUCUACAUGCCGUUUGGCUCUGGGGUCACUAAAUGCCCCGGCAGAUUUUUCGCCAUCUAUGAGAUCAAGCAGUUCCUCACUCUGGUGCUGGCGUACUUUGACAUGGAACUACUGGAACCUGCCAUCAAAGUUCCACCUCUUGACCAGUCCCGUGCUGGCCUGGGAAUCCUCCAGCCAACAUAUGAUGUAGAUUUCAGGUACAAACUGAAAUCAGACUUCUAGGCUCUGUGUUUGUCCUGCAGAGUGACUGUUGUACAUAUUGUACAUAGUGUAUAUUUAACAAUGUUCAUGUUGAAGCCUUGCUAUGUAAAUAGACUGAACUGUAUAUUUUUCGUUGCUUAUUAUGCUUUAAUUUGCUGCUUGAGAAUAUGUAUUCUGCACAUGUGGUUGACAUUUGUCUUCAAUGUAUUUCUAAUAGUGUUGUGCCGAACACUUCUGUCUCUGUUGGACCAGUCAUACGGCAUUUCAGAGUAAAAGUGCAGAGUAGCAUCUUCAAUUCCUGUGGAAAGACAGACCUAGAACCAUACAAAUUUAUGUUAUUUAACAUGAAAUAGUUUAUUGCAUAAUUGGGCCCUUUACAAAAAAUCUUGUCAUUACAUUACUGCCAACUGUUUUUCAGUUGAGUAUUUGGACCUGAUUGAUAUAAAUACAUUUCACUAUAUCAGUAAAUAUGUCUUUUAAUUAUAUUUUUAAUAAAAACAGUCCUCACUGUGAUUGAUUCAGACAGGGCCAUAGCCAGUAUUUCAGAAAUACUGAGAUCAUUAGUCCAGCCCUAUUUUCUGUCUCUGUACUUCCUACACAGCAUAUUGAAAACUCUGUAAAUCCAUAAGCUCAUCUGUUAUGCUCUUUUUGGUACACUGUCAUUUCACUUCAGCUCAUCAAUUUUGUGAAGUAUAAAUGCUGAGGUUAACAUGACUAAGCUCUUUUCUUAAUCAAUGGAUGUAUUUCUGUAAUCACUAUCAUUUGAAUUCAUCAUGUAAUAGUAGACCUUGGAGUUUGCUCUCUCUGGGUGCCUCCCUCUCAUACAAUGUUGUCAGUUAACAUUUCACUGGAGACGUAUCUGAUUGUUGGCCAGUGCCGACCCUUAUAUCAGCGUACAUCUGCCUUCUCAGUAUCGUUAUUACUAGAUAAGCUGCUUCACAAUAAGAUACAUUGUGGCUGGUUUAAUGGUGUGAAGUGCAUUUGCAUACUGCAGGAUAGUGCGCACAGAACUACAACUUUAUAAGAAGAUACCAUUCUUAAUACAGAUCUAUUAAAAAAAUGAAGGAAUGCUCUUUUGCACAAGUCCAUGUGAUAUUUCUGCUGCAGCAGGAUAGCUGGCUUUACUCUAAUGAAGUUAUUGAAAAGACUGUUAACACUCUUGACUCUCAUACUGUGAAUUACAUAAUAAUCACACACAGCAGAUGGAUAUGGACCUUCACUUUAAGAACUUGUGGAAGGUCAUCCAGUUAUUGAUAUUACUGUUUUCACAUGAAAACCCAACUCCACAUCAAUAUUUACAUGUCUUCACCUUCCACGUGACUAGUUUUACUUGCUCUGUGAGUGGAGGGGAUGUGGUUCCCUCCCCUGUGGUUCUUCACCAAACAGAAGUGCAACCCACG